AGGUAUCGUUCACGUAAACAUACUUUCUAAAGAUUCGUAAAUCAUACUAUCGAAGAAUUACGCUACAUAAAUCAUGUUAUGCUAAAAAUACAUAAAAAUCCGUUAUAAAUUUAUAAAAAUAUUUGUUUGAAUUGAUUCUCUGGACAUACAUUUUUUACAAUAAAGAAUGGUGGUACUGACGCAUAUUUUAGGUUAUGCGAAAAAGUUACCAAGGAAAUUUAAGCGUCGGGGAUUGUUGGACAGUUUACGCAUUCAUGUUAAAGGAGGUUCUGGAGGUUCUGGUCUCCCUCGUUACGGUGGUAUGGGUGGUAAAGGAGGAGAUGUCUAUGUUGUUUCAGACGAGAAAUUAACUUUAGAAAAGGUUAAGUCUAAAAUAACGGAUGUAAAGUUGAAAGCAGAAUCAGGAAAUCCGAGUACCUAUAGAGGUAUUAUCGGCACACCUGGAAAAGAUCUCAAUAUAAAUGUUCCAGUUGGUAUUACCGUUUAUGAUGAAAAUCAUGCUAAGCUCGGCGAGCUAAAUUUAAAAGGUGAAAAAGUGUUGGUUGCGAAAGGAGGCAUAGGGGGAUGCGAAAAUACAGGUUACUGUGGACUUAAAGGUGAAAAUCGACGUAUACUUCUCGAUCUUAAAUUAAUUGCCGAUAUCGGUCUAGUUGGCUUUCCUAAUGCAGGGAAGAGUACAUUUUUAAAUGCAGUUUCAAAAGCAAAACCAAAAAUUGCUGACUAUCCGUUCACGACCAUAAAACCACAAGUCGGUAUUAUAAAGUUUUCAGAUUAUAGGGAAAUGUCCAUCGCCGAUUUGCCAGGCAUAAUCGAAGGUGCACACGCUAAUAAAGGAAUGGGUUAUCAAUUUUUAAAACAUAUAGAAAGAACAAAAUUAUUAUUAUUUAUUGUAGAUAUUCAAGGAUUCCAACUUUCUGUAAAAGAUAAACACAGAUCUUGUUUAGAAACUAUACUUUUGUUAAACAAAGAGAUCGAACUUUAUAAGCCGGAUUUAUUAGAAAGACCUGCGAUGAUUAUAAUAAAUAAAAUGGAUACGGAAGGUGCAAGUGAAAUUUAUGAUAAAAUAGGACCAAAAUUAAAUAAAUUAUCGGAAGUCGUUACAGAAUUUGACGAAAUUAUACAGCCGGAAAAGGUUAUACAAUUCGACGAUAUUUUGACGACAUCAUUGAUUUCAAACAAUAAGAUCGAAAUACAGAAAAUUAAAGAAAAAAUGCGAGAUAUCAUCGAUAAAUACGAAGAACAAACAGUUUUCCCCGAUAAUACCAAUUCGACUGAUGAUCAGUUAUUUGAAAAGUUGAAGCGGCAAUCACAACGAUAUACACCUGUAUUUGUAUAAAAAUAAAUGUGAAAUAUAAAAAUUAUUUUAUUUAU